AGAGAGAGAAAUCUUGAAGUGGGAAAUUCUGUGGGCAAAUUCGCGUCCGAAUGUGAUGCUUGAUGGCGGACGUCGUGAUAGUUGUUGUGGCCGCUGCGGCGGCGGUGUUGUUGUUGCUGGUGGUGCUUUUAUUGGCGCGGCUGGCGUGGACGGUGGCGGCUGGCGGGCCACCGGGGGCCGGUCCUGGGUCCGUAGACGGCGUGCUAGUGGUGCUGGGCUCAGGCGGGCACACGGCCGAGAUGCUGCGGUUGCUAGAGCGGCUGGACGACGGUGUCUUCGGCCGGCGCACCUUCGUGGUGGCCGCCACGGACAAUGGCUCGGUGGCAAAAGUGGCGGCUGCAGUGCCAGGCGCCAAGGUGCGGUGCGUGCCGCGGCUGCGGGCGCCGCUGCAGUCGUGGUGGUCGGCGCUGCUGGGGGCGCCGCAGGCUGUGCUCGCUUCGUGGCGAGAGGUGCGACGGGCGCGGCCGCGCCUCGUGCUGGCAAACGGGCCCGGAACCUGCGUGCCCAUUCUCCUGGCCGCUUUACUGCUUGGCAGCUCCCGGCUCGUCUUCGUCGAGUCCAUUUGCCGCGUGCGCUCGCUUUCGCUCAGCGGCCGCAUCCUCUACCCGCUCCUCCGCAGGCACCACUUCUUCGUCCAGUGGCCCGAGCUCGCGCUGCGCUACCCCAGGGCCACCUACGUCGGCCGCCUCGUCUGACCCCCGCAGGGUCAGCAUUGGCGGCACUGUUCGACGCAUGGACAGCCGCUGAGGCGACGCCGGUUGGCGCUGACCUUGCCCAACAAUUUUUCCUGUACAGCCAGGCCCGCGUUAACUUUUUAAACAAGAACCUCGACCUAGCCGCUGAAUACUGUCAGCAUGCGAAAGAGGCGGCGACGGAGGCUGUUAACACGGGAAAGUUCAGCGAGGCUGGCGAAGCGCGCAGUCUGUACGCUCAGGUCGGGCUGCUGGAGGCGCUGAUCUGCGUGGAGCGUGGUAACCUGGGGGGCGCCCUGACUGCCGUUGACAUGGUGCUGCUCAUGGGCGCGCCGGACGAGGUGACGGCGAGGGCGGCCGACCUCCUGGCUGAGCGACUGUCUUCAGACGACGCUGAGGAGCUGCAGGAGCCGUGGCAGGACGGGUUAAGCUACAUGCGCGGAUGGGAGCAGUGCAAGGCAGUACCUGAGGCCGAGUGUCCCUCGGUGCACGCCUUCUGGCGUGACCACAUGUGCAAAGAAACACCUAUUAAGCUGACCAACACUAUUGAACACUUCCCGGCCAGGAAAAAGUGGACGCUCCGCUACUUGCUCAAGGUUGCAGGGCGGCGGACAGUGCCUGUUGAGCUGGGCAGAGACUACACGCACGCGCACUGGACGCAGCAGCUAAUGCCUCUGGGUGAAUUUGUGCGCGGGCACCUGCUGCACGAAUCACCCAUCACCGGCUACCUCGCGCAGCACUCGCUCUUCCUCCAGAUUCCGCGGCUGAUGGACGACCUUCUGGUGCCGGACUACUGCUCAGAGGCGCCAGACAUGAACGUGUGGCUGGGCCCAGCAGGCACUGUCUCACCGCUGCACCACGAUCCCAAGCACAACCUUCUGGCGCAGAUCCGUGGCUACAAACGGGUGCUACUGUUCCCUGCUGGUAUUGACGGCCUCUACCCAUAUCCUGGCGAGUGCCUUAUGGCCAAUACAUCGCAGGUCGACCCCGAGAGCCCCGACCCAGACCGUUUUCCGCUCUUUCCCGCUACUCAAGGCCUAUCAUGCCUGCUCGCACCUGGUGACGUCCUCUACAUCCCACCCAAGUGGUGGCACCACGUCCGCUCCCUCACGCCCAGCCUCUCUGUCAGCUAUUGGUGGAAACCAGACGACUGAAACUGCGUCGAUUUUAAAUGGAAACCUAUAAAUGAAAAUAAAGUCUGCUCUUUUUUCAUCAAA